GUUUUAUCACGGCUUAAUACUUUGUAUGGUAUAGUUGUUGUGUUUCAAAUAAUAAACAAACGUAUACAAAAUGAAUCGUUUAUAUUCGAAGAGCAAGAUAUUUAAGAUCGAUACGUUUUGUAUCAAAUGUAUGGUGUUGUGGCAUAUUUAUUGUUUUGGAUUGAGUAGUAGUUCGCCAUCACUUAACUUCAGACCAAUAAUAGGCGUGCUGGCCCAGUCUACGGGGAAGUCUGGUGCGAAGUAUGGGGAGACGUACAUUCCAUAUACCUACGUGAAUUACCUUGAAAUGGCAGGUGCUAGAGUGGUUCCUAUUAAAAUAGACGAGUGCGAGGAAUACUAUGAGGAAAUAUUCAAGUCAAUCAACGGAGUACUGUUUCCGGGCGGCGGUGUAGAUAUUGUGACGUCAGAUUUUGCCUGCGAAGCCAAAAAAUUGUACGAUCUCGCUAUCAAGGCAAAUGAUAACGGGGACUAUUUCCCAAUAUGGGGCACGUGCCUGGGGUUUGAACUACUGUCUGCAUUAACUGCUGGGAAGAACAUAUUAGAGCAUUGUAGCGCGGAAAAUAUACGAACAUCUCUCGAUCUGGUCAAAGGGUAUGAAGACAGUAGACUAUUUCAUGGUAUAGAUGGCAAUAUUCUUAGAAUACUUACAGAAACGAAUUCAACAGCGAACUUCCAUCAAUAUUGUUUAACACCUAAGAAUUUCAAUGAAAAUUCGAAGCUGAAACAGUUUUAUAGGGUGAUGUCUACCGAUGUCGAUGAGAACGGACUAGAGUAUAUUUCAACCAUGGAAGCUUAUCAGUAUCCAUUUUAUGGCGUACAGUGGCAUCCCGAGAAAAAUAUUUUCGUUUGGACACCAACUUAUAAUUUAGAUCACUCGAUAGAUGGCGUGAAAAUAGCACAAUACAUGGCAAAUUUUUUCGUUAAUGAAGCAAGGAAAAGUCAACAUACAUUCCCUGAUGUGACCAAGGAGCAGGAUGCCCUUAUAUACAAUUACAACCCUGUAUAUAUAAAAGACAAUAGAUUUAACAUAAACUAUUAUUUCAAGAAAGGUGGUACAACUCCAGUAUGCACAGUGGAACGCUCGUCCAACAUUUUCCAUUCAAUUGUAAGGUUCGCAUUUGAGCCAGUAUCUGCAUUCUUCGGCAUGGACUGGUUCCAAAAACCUGCAUUGGCACGGUUUUGUAAUACUACACAUUUUAUGCGGCAGCUAUCCUGAUCUAUCGUAUGGCAGUCGUUCAAAAGCUUUGAAAAUAUCUUCCGUGCAAUGCUGUUAAACAAUUUGGCUAACUGACAAAUCGUAAAAAGAACAAUGAGAUGUGGAGCUAUGAUUAUUAGUGCAAUACAAUUCGGCCAGAUUUUCAUCCGGGCCUGAGGCCACGUCUGGCACCUGUUAUCAAUGACUCUUUGGAAUGAUACACAUUGUACAUUAUUUUAUUACUAUGCUUACAUGCCAAAUGAAUAAAUUAUGAGAUAGAGAAUAUCAUA